CGUACGUUAAUUUAUUAAUCGGAACUUUGCUAGGUAAAAAUUCGAAUCCAAUUCCUCAGUUACAAUCAAGACAUCAAUUCGGCCAGUAACCGCUUGGAACUUCAGCUCUAGCGUGAUAAGCAGGUAUACAAUAAACCCUCAUCAUUAUGUCAUUGGACCAGCAAUUUGAAGCCGCAGCUGCAAAGACAAAGACCUACACUAAGCGCCCAACUGAUGGUGAAUUACUGGAACUGUAUGGAUUAUACAAGCAAGCUACCAUUGGUGAUAAUAACACAUCCAAACCGGGAAUGACAGACCUCAAGGGAAAAGCCAAAUGGGAAGCAUGGAACGGACGGAAGGGUAUGUCACAGGACGAUGCCAAACGAGCUUAUAUUGCACUGGUUGAAAAGAUAUCAAGCUCCUACACAUAAAAAUAUAUUUUUUAAAAUGCUGAAUUCCUAAGAAAAGCAAUAUUAAUUGCGAUUUACAGGAGAAAUUGUUUUGUAAAAUAAAUUUAUAUUAAAUAGA